CAGAGUCCUGGGAACGGGGCGCAGCGCGUCGUUCUCACGGUUCCCUGUGCGCGCUGCCGCCUUGGUGGUCACUGCGGGGGUUGACGCCGCUGCUGACGCCCGCGUGAAGGAUUAUUUAAGUUUCGAGGCACACAGCAGUGCAGGAGAACGUAACUAAUCCAGAUCCAAUGCGAAAACCACAUGAACGGCAGCUCAUGAUGAAUAAAUCCAGGAGUGCUUGGCGUGCCCAAUGGCAGCGUGUGGCAGCCCCCGCUGUGCCCGCGGCGCAGCUCGUGUCGCGCACACACCUGCCACGAGGCAUCACGUGCCCGUGACGUCACUGGACGGUCGGGUAUAAAAGACGCCCAACCCGGCCACGAGGUAGCAUACUCACUCCCUCCCUUGAGCCAGUCAGACCUCCGCGCGCCACUCCCGCACCACAAUGGCAGUCACUGGCAACAAGAAAACCUGCAUCUUCAGCAUCCACAGCCUCAAGAAGGCUAUUAAGAAGCUCAUCAGAAAGACACGCCCCGCCAAGGAGGAGAAGAAGGCGAAGGAAGACAAAGUCUACCGCGUGGACUUCGAGGCCGAGAUCGAGGACAACCUUGCCAAUGAAGCUCUGGAGGCUCGCUUCAUCCAGAUCAUCGAGGCCUCGCCCGCCGCCCUCGACCUCAACCUCAACCUGAAGGGGUCGCUGGUGGUCGGCGCCGCGCCCGAGAUGGACAUCCAGUUUGGAACCUUCUGGACCAUCGAGGACAACGACGGCUGGGACCUGUGCCGGGACCUGUUCAUGACGCCGCCCGCCGCGAGCCCCGCCCCCACCCAGGCAGCGUAGGCGUCGCCCACGCCCUCAUGCUGUGACGUGUCGCCGCCCCAUGACGGGGUCUGCUGCCAAGACGCCUCCACUCAAGCCGCCGCCGCUGCUGCUGCGAGGUCCACCUCAGGGAUACUCGAAAGGCGCUGCGCUGCGCUGCCAGACGUUGGAGCAGGGCCGGGGCUGCCACGCCUCGGCCGCCGCUGUGAUACUUCAGGAGGUCUUCUGCAAGAGGUCGUCCGUGCCAUGGGUCGCCUUCGCCGGGAGCGUCGACCCAGCCGCUGUGAUACCGGGGAACACCACUCUGCCUGCCGCUGUGAUACUAAUACUUAAACAUUCUCUAUCUCAAUAAAACCAAUAUGAAUCUCAUAA